GGCAGGGUUUAUUGCUUGAUUAUUCGCGUGUCUCUCUCUCGCGUGGCUGAGAGUGGUAACUCGAGAAAGAGGGAGUUGUUUUGGUAUCUUUCAAAAGCUUUCGUCAGUUGCCGCCAAUGAAAUGGUAACUUAGUUAACGCUGAAACCGCCAGAUGGCGGCACACUACAAAUAAGUUUGAGUGUGCCACUCCAGCAGUUGCGCAACGUGAAAGGAGGUAAGAGCAACAAGACAGAUAUCGAGCUGUGAGGAGUGAGCAGGUGGUAUACGUACGGAAGGUGCGUGCACGUUCUGUACUCGCGCGGCAUCGUGCUUUAACCCGCAGUAUUUCACUUUCGGGUUUCGCCGUGCGCUCACAGCGAUGGUCGACGAACCGAGCCGCAGUUUCAAGGUUGUCUUAUCCAUGCAGCGCGAAGGAAACAACCACGGGGACGUUCAUUACAAGGUGGAUGGAGCCCGGUUUGGAACUGAGAGCACAAUUAAACUGAACGUUGAAACAUCCUAUACGUUGACAUUGUGCUUUAGACCAGCACAAACGUUAGAGAGCAUCUCACUCAUGGGAUCGCGAUACUCUCCCAAGGAGAAAUCGCGGGACCACAGCUCUUCGACCUACUGCAUCACGUGGUCGAGCCUUGGUGUGGGUGUCACAAAGAAUGGAAAGCGGGAUAAAAUCCCGCUUGCAUUACAGAUUCUCGAUGUUGGCGAGCUCAUGGUUAACUUGCAAGUCAAGUUCUACAAGGAAAAGGACACGGAUCAUGCUACCUGGGGCAACGCCCUGCACCAAAUUGACCUUGAUUGUGAAGUGAGUCGCUCGUCGGGGAGCCUAGUGGUCAACAAGCAAAGCUUUCGGUAAUUGUCUACGAGCACACGCAAAUGCAAUUUUGCAGAGGCUUGGCAGCACACUUGGCCAGCAAGCUGUCAUUUGGCUGACCAGUCUGUGACAACUAGGGCCUGUGGUAAUGCCAGAUUGCUGCAGACGAUGACGGGCAUGUCGUUACCUAUCGGGCAUGCAUGAUUGCCAUUUACUCAUUACCUGGCAUUGCAGCACAACGUGUCAUCUUGGCAGCCAUUGUUCGUGAGCUCUGGCCCUUUUGGCAGCUUUUACGCACGAUGAGUGCUGAAUGCAUGCGAGAUGGUUGGGCCACCUUGGCAAAUUGAGGUCAUUGAAUGCCUCCAGCCUUUCUAAAGAGCUCUGUCAUCGCUACAUUGCCAAUUUAGGUGGCACACAAGCGAGCACAUCUUGAAUGGUAAAUUUAUCAUGUCUGCAGUUCGUGCAAAAAGUGUCUCGCUGUGCUCGUUUCACCUUUUUUGUACCUGUAACUUGUCUUCAUGAUUUGCGUUGGUGACAUGUCAUUGAGGUGAUUUACUCAGCGCUCCGUCCCUUUUGCCUGAGGUGGUCGGUGUAUUGAUUACUCUUGGCAUGAUGUGUGAGCUCUGUGAGGUCAUGUUCGUGCACAUUUUUAAGUGUUUGGAGGGACAAACUUGCAGAAAGUGGUCAUUUGUCUUUAUAUUACUUGAUGUUAUGUGCGCUCCUAUCCUGUACAUGUAUGGUGAUCAAGUUGUUUUUGAUAGAUGCAGUUGUUUGAAAUAGCCAUCGAGCUGGCAUUUUGAGUAAUUUGCACCUAAUAAGCAGUUUUACUUUGCAAGUUCCAAGUAAUAGUUGCUAACGUUGGUAAAUUUAAUUUAGCUGUUGAAGCAGCUGUAAAUGUUGCAGAACAUAUGAAGUUGUAAAAUUGCAAACGUGGAGGUCCUUUUUUUUAAUCUUAUCAUUAUUCAGCACUUAUUUAUAAGGUGUGUUUUUAUUUUGGACGGUGUCGUUGACUAUAUUUUUGUUGGCCUUGAUUGUAUUGAGUAUGCCAUUGUAUCAUCUUUAUUACCUUGCAUACGCCUGCAUAAUAUAAAUCCCAGGAUUAACAGAACAUUUACAGGGGUUUGUUAGAUCUCCUUUCUCUGGCUUUUGGGGCGCCUCUUUAAGAUUACUGUGAACUAUCUAGUCGAAUAACUUUGUCACGCUGUUGAUGCCUUACCAAGAGCUGACAAACUCAAACAUAGAGGUGCACAUUUUUCUAGCCAUCGAGACAAAAGGUCACAGUAGUUAACCAGUGAGUGCCUUGAAAGAUGUCACUUUCAUUAUCCACAUCUGCACUGCCUUGCCAUUUAAAGCAAGGGAGCAUAUCAUCAGUGAUGGCAAAUUUUAGUUCCUCACUCGAUCGCCAACUUGCCAAAGGUUUCUUCUGGAGACAAACCUGCUGUUAACUGCAAGCAGGAUGAAAGAAUGCUUGUUGCAAUUUUUGCAUUGAGAUUGCUGUAGCUGCCUCCAAUUUUAGUUCAGAAUCAGUGUUGCAAAAGGCUGCUUUGGAAACUUUGCUAUCAGCUUAAGUUUAUAGCAAAUUAUGUGUGCAGUCUUUCUUGACGUUGUAUGAGGGCUCACUGCUUGAUUGAGUGCAGUUAUUUGCAGCUAUAGUGAAGUCAUAAUCAUCGUGGAGCAAAAUGCUUGUGAGGAGAAAGCCCCGAUAGGUGUUCAGUGCAGGCUGGCAGAUAACACUACCUAAAGAACAGUGUGGAGUGAUGGUGUGAAAGGGAGAUGAGUAACAUCUGGUGAAGGAUGAAUGAACGAUAUGAUGACCUGUCAUGCCAUAACUCACUUCAUAGCAUUUUCUGUUGACUAAAUAUUACCAACAUGCCGUGCUCAUUGCCACUUUGUCAUCACUAUUGCUGUCAAAUUCUGGUGCAACAUGGGAGUACCGCUAUGUUAUUUAUGAUGUUGGAAAUAUAAAAGGCUGAGGAGGGACAGGCUCAUGUAUCGCAUGGAAGUGGCUUGAGCAAUGAAUUGUAUAUAUAGAAUUGAAGCGGCUUGAGCAAUGAAUGGGGGGGCACAGAUCAAAGAAUGGCACUACUUAGCAAAGCUACUGGGUCUAUCUAGAGGCUUUAGUCAUGGCAACAGUGGUGAUGAGACAGUUAUCUUUUCAAUCACCAGAUGUUGCCGUCAUGUCAUGGGGUCGAAGUCUGUGUGGUAUCUCGUCAUGCCAUAGGAGUGCUUGUGACAGUGUCAUAUCAUUUGUGGCAGUAUCUUGUCAUGCCAUAAAAAUGGAGCUUUCUCCGAGUAUUUCUGUGCGGUUGUCACGACCUUGUAAUUUAUGAUUAGCUUGCAAGCAGGAUAAUGAACAUUGCUUUCUGUUAGACUGUAGCGGCAGCUUUGCUUGCAGUCAUGUACAAUCCUGAAUACUCGUCCACAUAAAACCCUGCAAAGACUGUUGCUGUAGUGGGGUAAUGUGGAUUCUUUAUUUUUCUGCGGUGAAAAAUGCUGUUGUAGUAUUCUUGCCUAUGAUGUGAACGUAAGUUAUGUUUUACUGUUAAUAUCGAGGUGUUAUCAAUGUUGAAGUGUUGUUAAGCAAACAAGCAAACUCAGCAUGGAUAUGCUCCGUAUUCACGUUACUGUUAACUUGUGUGUUGCUGCAACAUUUUUUCAAGCACAACUUUUGUUCCAUUGUGGUUUUUUCUGCACUAGCUGAACUUCAUUCUGCCCUGUUAUGCCCUUAUGCUUAAUGUAAUAUGACAUUGUAUUUGGGUAAUUGUCAGGUUCUGUUGAAAUGGUAUUCUUAGCUGCAAAUGUGUAUGGAGCUGCAGAUUUUACAUUAUAACAGCUGAGCUUUUUGUGAACUGUAAUGUGCCAAACUUUGGCUUUUAUUAUUGUAUAAUACUGGUGCUAGCAUCACUACUGGCUAAAUGUAAUUAGCUAGCAGCUAAUUGGUGGGACAGGCUCCUGAUAACUGAGAAAACUCUGAGACACAUCUUGGAAUGUGUGAACUCUUUUGAGGUUAAGAUCAAGUUCUCAGUUAUCUCUUAUGAUCACUCUGUACUAAUUCCUUGUGCAAUGCUAUUUAUUGUGUCAUUUGUGAACAUGGCUGCAUAUUUUAUGCUAUUUGGCCAUCAUGCUCUUGGCUUGCCCUUGAUGUUGUGUUCAUGUGACUCUGUGAGCUGCUUUGUGUCUUGUGUAAUCGCUCUUAGCUAUUUGUGAGCUCUUUAGUGACAGAAAGUGAUGCGCGAAGUGGUAUUCAGCUGUCUGAUUAUGUUGUAGCGUAAGAACUUGAUUGCUAGCUAUUGCUCGUGUUCAAAUUGCUUAUGACCUGCUUGUGAUGAAGCUCUUGUCUGAAACGUAGUUAAUUUCACGGUGCUAAUAUUUGGGAGCAUAAAAUUCUGAGUUUUAUAAUUUAUAAGGAUUUCUUGUUCAUGGGCUUUCAUGAUCAGUCACAAGCUGUCUGAAUGUUGUAGUGUUGCACAAGUUGAAGGAUGCAUGUUGUUGUGCAUUAAUGCAUUCUUAACAUAUCCUGUUUCAUGUUCAUGUGAAGUGCUUGAGCCAGCACAAGCUUAGCUUUUUAUGCAGCAUGACGGCAGCUGUAUAUCUUAGCUAGCCAUUACAUCAGUAUCGGUACAGCGUUGCUGCUAUAAUCCAGGUGUAUCAGUGAUAUGUUGAUGUGCAGAGCUCGAUGGCACAUUUGGCAAAUGUUUCAUGAAGCCGCAUUCACAUCUUAAAUGAUACCUGAUCACUAAUUGUUGUAGAAAAUUUCACCUGUCGCACUCUCCUGAAUAUGCAAUAAUGAUUGUCACAGGCUUUACGAUGCGAAAAAUCUUUCAUGCCCAUUUAUCGACGAUUUUUGAGAAGACAAACUUUUACAGAAAACACAGUGAACUAUAUGGUGCUAUCUGUACUAGUAAGCACAGCCAUAAAAACACAUUUUUUUACUAAUGUUGUUAUACAAAGUUAGUAGUUUGCAAUGGUGAAGGGGAGAACACUGCUAGGCUAAUAGGCUGCCCAUCAGAUAGUUCAAACUUUCCACACAAUAUUUGUAGGUAAACUCUGCUAGCUUCUGACAUUCCAAGAAGUUAUGUAAAGAAGUCAUUGGACUAUUUAAGAAACAUUUAAUGUUGGCACUGCCCGAUUAUCUAAAUACUCAGGAUGGGCAGCUAUGAAAGUACUAAAUUUAAUACAAUAGUUGGUUUAGUACUCCUGCAGAGACAGGUAAUGUUAGGUAAUUAUGGCACACUUUAGUGUCUCUCCAUUUUACAGAGGUACUGAGCAUUCCCAGUCUUCUGAUCAGGGGAAAAGUUGGAAUCUUCCUUCUUUACCUACCAUCUCUGUGUAGCCAUUUUCCAUUGAUGAACCUGCCAUAUCAAUUUAUGAAUUUCUACAGAUUUCAUUUAAUCAUUCCUUUUUUAUUUCUUUUUCUGCAAAGGAUCUGUAAUAGGCAUCAAAAAAUGCAUGCCUUUAUAAUUGUUUGGAAACCUGACCUGAUUAGUGAAUUGAUGAGCCGAGAUAGUUAAUCCAGUUUUGCCUUAUACAUACAUGGAAUUGUGGACGAGGAGUGAAGCUCAUCGUAGAUAUAUUUAUUAGUCUAUGCACCCAGGCAGCCAGAACAAAUUCCAUAUAGGUGAAUUACCAAUUAAAGUUCAGUUGAAGUUUUGCUUUAUUACUGCAGAAGGGUCUGAACUUCAGCUUGUUGGUACAGCUUAUUGCGGACAGGACUAGGAAAGAACAGGACUAGGUCUCUUCCACAUUUUCGCAUUUUUUUUCUCACAAUUUUUUUUGUCAUGUUGCUUUUUGUGGUUGGGUGCCACUGAUGUUUAGUAACAUGGAUUUUCCACUUGAGGAAGAUGUGUAUUUCUUGCUAGUUUUCUUUGUAUUCAGUCAGUACUGAAUGAGUUCCGCCAUUAAAAAGAAUUAAGAUGUUUGCUUUUUUGCAUGCUAUCAAAGUGCAAAAUUGGAAACUCCGCAAAAGAUACUGGUAUUGCACAUUUCUGCAGUUUAAUGCACUUCAGACGAGGUGCUGUAGCCAUUGGAGUAAUGGAUGCCUCAUUGGUUGGAAUACAAAAUGGUGUACUUUAAUCUUUAAAACUAAGUUAUCAGUUGGUACAUUUUGCUGCUUUUUACAUGCACAUCAUAAGGAGAAAAUGCAAUCAGUUUGCAAUAAGUUUGCAGCAGAAUACUUCGAAAAAGCAGUAUUUUUACUUGCUUAUAAUGGUGAAAUAUUUCGUGGCAUAAUGUGUUUGUGUUGAUGUUCAGUCAUGCCUAAACCUUAAAUGUAAAGUCACAUCCACUGAGGGUAGGCGCAGUCUAAUGUGUCCCUGCAUUGGAACAAUUCAUGUUCUGGGUAUACGGUUAACAGUCCAAGUAGCACAUUUACAUUGAACAUCAAACAUGUGAGCUUAGCUGUUCCUGAACUUGUGGACAAGUGUACAUGUGAUCUGUGAUAGAUAGGUGUGAGAAAAAAGUAUUGCCCUUGUGCUUGAGUCAGCCAUAUUGACAUGUAAAGAUGAUCGUCCAUGUCCCUUUUGUAGGUCGUGUUCAUUAGCACGAUGUUGCACUCUUAAAAGAGCGGUAUUGUUAUUGACAUGUACACAUUUUAAACUACACUAGUAUUGUAGUUUGAAGCUGCGUAUCCGUCGACGGGCACUGAAUUGUACUUGUUUGUGGCAACUUCUUUCAGUGGUUGACUUGUGUGUCUAGAUUGCCGCACUUAUGUUUACAGCAAGCUGUACUAAGGUACAGCUGAGAAAUUAGUUUCUGCCCAAUGGGCUCCUUUUUAAAGGAAGUACAUUGGUUAGCUACUGCUGAUGUCAUUCAAAUGUUGUGUUAGUGUAGAGUUCAGCUUCUUGGUGUCAAUAUAAUCUAGGUCUACAGAUGAGCUAGAGCAUGAUCAUUUUCAGUUUAAUCGUGAGUUCUGCUAGCUGAAUGGAACGGAAUUUGCGUGAACUGGAACAUGUUAUGAUGAUCAGAGACUAUGGCCACAGUUGAAGCUGUGAGAAAACAAGGUCUAAAAGGGGCCUCAAUUUAUGAGGUUAUCAUGAAUGCAAAGUGUAAGAUACUGCAGGAUGUUAAUCUAUAAAAACAUGACUAGUUCUACUUUUCCUAAUACACUGACAAGAAGGCCAAAGAUGCCAAAAAAUGGAGGCAGACUAUGCCGUCUCCCAACAAUUAAUAAAUGAGUGUUCAGAAGUGCAACUCAUGUGCUUUUUUAUUUUGUCUUCAACCUGUUUAGUGUUGUUCAAAUGUAGUUAUGUAGAUGGAAUGUUGUCGACUGCUUUUGAGUCAUGAUGCACGUCAUCAUAGUCCAAAGGACUGUUUGUGGCCAUAACCCCAUAAAUGCCCUCUUCGUGUUUCUUUCUUUUUAUUGCGAUAGCAAUUAUAUGGACACUUCAACCGGAUUUCGGCUGUCGGCGUGAGGUUCCGUAUAGAUUCCAAGGGCGAUAAUAUAGUCGCCGCGUGCCGUAUGCAUGAGUGAAAGCGCGCGGGGGACGCGCGCUAUCACGGAGAGCCAAGGCACGGCGGAAAGCAAACACAACCAUCGUGCAAAAG